AUGAAAAUCUACCUGUUUCGUAUACCUGGUGUUCCUCGUAGUGAAAUAACUUAUAAAGUAUUAGUUGGAUUAUGCAAUCAAUACAACAAAUAUGGUAUUUAUAAACUAGUUUUGGGAAACAAACCAAUGGUUGUCAUAUUUAAAGCUAACUUAAUGAAUAAAAUAUUAUCAAGCGACAUCAAUAUUGAAAAAUCAUAUAUAUAUAAAUUUAUAAACGAUUGGUUUGGCGAUAGUAUUGCCGUAACUACCGGUACUAAAUGGAAGUCUAGACGUAAACUAUUGAACCGAGCAUUUCAUAAUGAAAUUCUCGAUAGUUUUAUACCCGUAAUCAAUGAACAGACACUAAUAUUUAUAGAUAAAAUCACGAAUCUAUCAAUGGAUAGAAAAUAUAUAGAUAUCCGGGAAUCGAUAACACAGUUAACAUUAGAUAUUCUUUGCGAAACUGCAAUGGGUGUCAAAGUGGGCGCCCAGUUAGGCAAAAAUAAACCAUAUGUCCAGUCGAUCCACGAUUUGGGUAAAAUCGUAUUCAAACGUAUAAUUUCGCCGUGGAUUUGGUCGGACCGCGUAUUUUAUUGGUCAUCGAUUGGCCAGAAAUUUCAGAAAUCACUGGAUAUUUACCAUACGUUUACACGUAAUGUUAUCAAUCAAAAGAAACAAUUGUUUAUCACUACUACUACUACUACUACUACUACUACUACUACUACUACUAAUGAUAACGACAACAACGACAACUAUUUUCUAACUAAGAAUAUAAAGAAAAAGAUGGCAUUUUUGGAUCUAUUACUUGAUUAUCACUACAACAACAACGACAACAUCGACGACAACAAUAGGUUGUCUUUGGAUGACAUACAAGCAGAAGUGGACACAUUUAUGAUGGCCGGACACGACACUACAGCAGUCACUAUCGGUUGGACACUAUAUUUGUUGGGUUUGAAUCCCAGAGUACAGUACAAGAUUGAUGAGGAAUUGAUCAGAAUUUUUGGUGAUUAUAAUAACAGCGAUAUUACCGGCAAAGACAUACAACAGAUGACUUAUUUGGAUUGUGUGGUCAAAGAAUCGUUGCGUAUGUUUACUCCGGCAGCGUUUGUUGCCCGAUGUCUGGUCGAGGACUGUCCUACAGGUGAUUAUGUUAUACCUGCCGGUGUCGAUGUCAUACUAAUGUUAGGUCAAAUGCAUUCAGACACCGAUAUAUUUGCCGAUCCCGAGCAGUUUAGACCCGAACGAUUCAUCGACCAAUCGGAUUCAUUGACCGCAACUAAAAUAAAUGCCAACAAUUAUCAGCCGUUUAGUUCGGGUCCACGCAAUUGUAUCGGUAAACGGUUUGCUAGAAAUAAACUGCUAAUAGUUUUGACAAAAAUUUGUCAAAAAUUUUUUAUGAAAUCAAUGAAACCGUUAGAUAGUGUCGAAAAAAUCUUUGAAAUUACUUAUCGGUCAAAAAUUUUUGACAGUCAUCAGGGUUUGGAUGCCGACCCAAACAACUCAAUAGUAAUUAGUCCUAAAAAUUAUACGAUUGUAUUGAAGAGUAAAAUUUAA